AUGGAUGACCUGAGCAUCAACAUUUCUGGCCUGGCCCCAGGUGCAGCUCGCGCCAUCCAGGCCCUCGGGCGGAAAAGUGCGUCGGACGGUCCUUCAAAGAGGAAGGCGAAGUCUUUGACAAAAAGCCGGAAGAACCCGACGAAGCCGACAGAGAGCCUCCAGGAAACGGAGCCCUCCGCACCCUCCCGCAAAAAGCGGAAGCGCGAGGCGAAGGAGGCGCCACGGAAAGAGCCGAAGAUUUCCAAGCAAGCGAAGGUCCUGGAGGCCUGGAAGAGGACGGCUAAGGCCACGGUGCCCGGCACAGAGGCGAAGGCUCAGGCGGCUAAGGCCGCGAGGGAACCGCGUCCGUCAGCAUCCGAUGUUACGUCGCCUCCCAAGAAGCCCAAGAUCCGUGAACGCCGUGAGAAGCCUGAAGCCCCACGAAAGGCCGCGGAACUGAAACAGAGCGGCAUCGUCUCGGAGACGGCUUUUGCGGCUUUGAAACUGCAUGAGUCCUUACUUCGGCAGCUUCAAUAUCUGGGCUUUACAGACUGCACGCCCAUCCAAGCGCUUGCUGUGCCUCGGGCAUUGACGGGCAAGCGGGAUGUACUGCUGCGGGCCCCGACAGGCUCAGGCAAGACUUUGGCUUUCUUGCUGCCGGUCUUGCACCAAUUGCUGGUGACUCCGGGUGGCCUAGACCGCAGGAAGGGGACGCUGGCCACAGUCCUUUCACCCACCAAAGAACUGGCACUCCAGACGCUGAAGGUUGCAUCUGAUCUGGCUCGGAUGAUGCCUUCCCUGGUGUGUGGAGCGGUGGCAGGUGGAGAGAAGCCAAAGAGCGAGAAAGCCCGCAUCCGCAAAGGUCUCGUGCUCCUUUGCGCGACUCCGGGGCGCUUGGCAUACCACCUCGAGCAUACAGCCACGUUCGUUGUCCGCAACAUCCGGUGCCUUGUGUUGGACGAGGCAGAUCGGCUUCUGGAUAUGGGCUUUGAGCCACAGAUACGGUCUAUUCACAAGAAGAUCCUGGAAGCUGCCAAGGAGGGCGAGAAUGCCGAAAGCCCCACGGGAUCGGUGCAGACGCUGCUGGUGUCGGCAACUCUGGUUCCCGCGGUGCAGCAGCUUGCUGAUUUCUGCCUCCGCCCGAAGGCCUUCUGGGCAGAUGCCGAGGCGCAUGCGAAGGAAGAAGUCGAGACCGGCACAGUGGCUGUCGGUCAAGAGCUGAACUUCUUGGCCCCAUCCACGCUGACACAGUGGUACUGCAUAGUUCCAGGGAAGGAGAGGCUCGCAGCACUCUUUGCGGCGAUCUUGUCCCGGGUGGGUGAGAAGAAGUCCAUCAUCUUCUUCUCCACGGGAGCUUCGGUGGACUUCCACUGCGACCUGCUGCAGGACGCGGCCUGGCCCCCUCGUAGCGGCGGUCCGAAGCAGAGGGAAGGCCUGUCCCCCGCCAUCAAGAAGCUGCAGGGUCGCUUCGUAGGCCUCGCGAAGGAUGCCAAGCUCUUGAGGGACGAGGACGAGGAGGAGGAGGAGGAAGAGGAGGAGGCGGCUGAAGAUAUUGACCGCCAGAACGAAGAGAAGAUGUUUGCGAAGACGAAACUCUUCAAGCUGCAUGGAAGCCUCUCCAAAGAAGAGCGUGCUGGCUACAUUCGGGAUUUCCUGAAAGUCCCUGGAGGAGUGCUUCUUGCAAGCGACGCGGCAUCUCGCGGCCUCGACUUCCCUCAGAUCGACUGGAUCAUCCAGUACGACCCCCCGCAGAGGACCGAGGAGUAUUUGCACCGCGUUGGUCGCACAGCCCGCAUCGGCCAGCAGGGAAGCGCCUUGCUCUUCCUGCAGCCCAGUGAGCUUGGCUUCCUGGACGUCCUCAGAAGCCGAAACCUCACGGACCUCCGGGAGAUGCAGCUCGAGGAGCUGUUAAGCGGGUUGCGAAGCAAAGCGCCGGCUUCUCUGACAGGCUAUCGGGACUUGCAGGGCCUCUUAUCUGGCCACCUCGCCAGCCGCGUGGCGGCACAGGCAGCCUUGGCCUCACGGGCGCGCUCCGGCUUCCUGGCCUCCUUGAAGGCCUAUCGCUCCUUCCCACGGGAGCUCCGAGCAUCCUUUCCUUUCGGCCAGCUCCACUUGGGACACCUGGCGACCAGCUUCGCCCUUCGCGAAGCACCGCGCGAAGUGGUCCAGAAGAACCGGUACGAGCGGACUGCGGAGGCCCAGGAAGGGGCAGGCCGCGGGCCGCGCGGCCGGCUGAAAGAAGGCCGCAAGGAGAGACGGCCCAGCAAGGGCAGCAAGGGUGCUGGCAAGGGCGCUGGCAAGGGCAAAGCCCAGAAAGGUAAGCCCCGCAAGCCCGGGAACCCGAAGGGUUUCGGGGCGGAUGCAGAUGAGUUUGUGCCGAAAGAUGACCAGCAGUGGCUUGAGCCCUUUCAGGCCGCUGUCCCCGCCGAGGAGACGGCCGAAAGCGUGCUGCGAGCUCAGAAGCUCUGUCAGUACGCCUGUGCUCUGGAACUGGAAAUCAGUUCGCUGACGAUCGCGGACUCUUGGGUGCGUGCAAUAGCCCGGAAUCCGCUCAAAGACACCGGAGGGCAGACGAAUGCAGUGAUGCUCGCAUUUGUGAAUCCAGCGGUGUCCUUUCUGAGGGCCGGGAGGAGCUCCUUUCAGCUGGGAAUUUCCAGCCUCCGAGGCACGGACCCGCUGCCCUGCCAGGACUGUUUGAGCCUCACGCGCUACGACGAGGACAUCCUCUAUGUGCUUUGUGAUGGGCAUGGCCCCUUCGGACAUCUUGUGGCCUUUCGUGUAGCGCAGAGCUUGCCUUGGUUCCUGGAGCAGUUACUUGCUGCAGGGCAUCGCCCUGAAGAGGCUUUGGUGCAUGCCUUCCCGAAAGUGGCCGAAGAUGUGGCGCAGUUUGCCAAGGCGAAGUACAUCGACAUUGCAUCGUCGGGAGCAAGCUGCAGUGUAGCGUUCCGGCACGGGGACGAGGUGAAAGUGGCUUGGCUUGGGGACACGCGCGUCCUGGUGGCCACGGUCACAGAGACGAGCCGGCGAGUGGACCUGGUCACUCCGGCUCACACCACCGAGGACGUAAAGGAGCUGCAGCGCGCGCGGAACAGCGGCGCCAAGUUGAUUCAGGUGCCGCCAAAUUCCGGACACGUAAGGCUCUUCGUACCGGGCGAGCGCUACCCGGGGCUCUUCGUCACCCGUGCUUUUGGCGAUCUGGCCGGGCAGGGUCUCGGCGUCUCUUCGCAGCCCGAGAUCAGGAAGACGUCCUUCGAGAGGACACCCGGUGUGGUGCUGCUGGGUUCGGGUGGCUUCUGGGAAAUGUUGGACGAUGCAAGGCCGGGCGAGGAGGCUCUGCAGCUCCUGACAGCUUGCCGCUUGAAAGAGUGCGGCGGGCCCAAGUUUCGCGGCCGGCAAGUUGGCGGCGGAAGCACGUUCUCGGUGGCAGCAGGCCGCCGAAGACUGCUCCGACGAUGUCUCCUGCAUCUUGUUGCAUUGGAUUCCAGGCACCCCCGCGACAGCGCCGCCGGGGACUCACCGUGUCGACCGAUGCCCCAAGAGGAGAUGCCCAAAAAUCUCCCCUUUCUCUCUUUGGGGCGCGACGGGGCGUGGCCGUGGCAAAAGGACCUGGCCCUGGCUCCGGACACAUCGCUGUGUCCAAAGGAGUUCGAUCAGCAGCUCCUGAGCACUGUCGAGGCCUCUUCGGGCUCCAGCGGCGCCUGGCUUCGCGCGCCGCUUUCAGAGAAUCGCAUCAGCUUGAAGCGCCUGGAUGCAGCGGGACUGGCCCAGGCGCUGCCGAGCUUCCAGGGCACGGGCCGGGCGCAGGCCUGCUUCUGCAGCCGCCGCGGGGUGGAGCCGAGCAAGGACUGCUUCAGCAUCACCCAAAGAGCCGGUCGAACACUCUAUCUGGUGUGUCAUGGCUUCGGCCCCGCUGGCCACCUGGUGUCCUUCCGAGUGGCGCAGAGCAUUCCCAAGUUCCUUUUCGAAGCUUCGACCGAGGAGGUGCCCGAGCAGCAAAUCGCCCGGGCUUUCCAUGCGGCAGCGGCAGAGCUCAGCCAGUUUGCAGGCUCGACCUUAGCAGGUCCAGCUCAGGCUUAUACAAAUGCACCGAAGACGCCGUUGCUAGCAGGUGCCGCACACUGCGACCUUUCGCAGUCAGGCGGGGCGCCGCCCUUUUCCGCGAAACUUUUGCAGAGACGCACAGCGACUUGGGCCCCGGGAGGCGCCAGUGUGGCAGCGCUCCUGCAGCAGGCCUUGGGCCCACCUUCCUUGCUUGGGGGUCUCUUCGUGCGACUGGGGCGAAGGGCGACUCGGUGCACUUGGCCUGGCUCGGAGAGAGCCGGGUUCUGGUCGCGACCAUUGCCGGGCAGAAGAGCCCUCAGAACCGCUCAGAGUCAGAGAGCAAGUCUCAGUCAGAGCCUGCUGGCAAAAGGUUCAGCCGGGUGGAUCUCCUGA